UGCUUUAACAUUUACAGGCAGCUUCGGCAAAAAGCACAAUUUACAAAUACAAUUUUGAAAUAAAUAAGGUAAAAUCACUCAAUAAAUGCUGGCAAAAUGCUCUCCAACCUGCUGGUGACCAAACAAAAGGUGGUCCUCGUAAUAGAUGAGCUAAAUCGGGAGCGCAUUGCCCCCAAGUUCAUCGGCAGUCUGCUGCAGGAACAGGGACAGGGUGCGGAGACCAUUAAAUCCCUGCCCACCGGCGUCACCCUGAAGCACGUGGCCACCUUUGAUUCUCUGAUUGCCGAGUGCGCCAACCAAAACAACAACAACAACACGCCGGCGGCGGGAGAAUCUGGCGGAGAUUUGGAUGGAGGAACUCCGGGUUCGGGUAAACCCACUGGAUUCAAUGUCAUCCUGCCCACGCUGGCCGACCUGCUGAGCUACCAAACGCCCGCCUUCAUCUUUGGCUUCUUGAACCGCCUGCGUCGCUCGGAGCAUGUGCGUCGGGUGUUCCUGUGGGCCUCCCCACAGCAUCUGCAGCAUCCCCAUGCCGAGUACAUCCUGGCGGGCUGCGAGUACCUAGCCGAGUUGGUCCUGCGCCUCGAGACGGAUAAGCUAUUGUCGCUGAUAUCCAGGAAACCGGGAGGAGGGGUCUCCAACAGACGCUUCUCCUGUCAGGUCAGCAAAACCCAGUUCCAGGUGACUCCCCUGGAUGGUGGAGUAGCCCAGGCAGGCGUCUCACCCAAGCAGCCUUCCCCGGAGACCGAGCCAACAGCCGAACCGGCCAGCAGCACCUUCAAAAUCGAGCUGGACGAGGAUGAGGUGGUGGCCCGCAAUGCACUCACCCUGCCAUACGAACGCACCAGCGAGCCGUCCGAGGGCAACAUCAUCUACACGCCCGAUGCCGACGAUGAUUUCGAUGAGGAGGAUCCCGACGAGGAUCUGUGCAUCUAGGCUGCCCGCCAGCAGCGAACGGCAGUACAAAUAGCCUUGGCUUUAAGUCUACUUAAGUCUCUAACCUACUAAAUACAUCAAAUACCUGGAAUUCCGGCCCCUGAAAAAUGUUCCGCAUUCCGCCAAAAACAUACAAAAAAGAGAAGAAUCUUUACAUGUAGAAUUGCUCAUUUAUUUUGCAUAAAUCUUGAUAUGUGAAUCAAAGAAAAUCGAGGAAAAA